AAUGACAAUACUAUAUCGAAUAUAUUAUUGUGAAGAAUUUGAAAGUUGAAAGUCGAAAACCCUAUUUUAGAAAUGGAAGAUGAGCAAGUGAUGGAAGAAGAGGAAAAUAUCGAAGACAAAGCGGAGUGGUUUCAAAAAUUAGUAGACAAGGAAGGUCUUCUGGAAUCACCAAUAAAUAUAUGCCUCUCAAUUUGCACACCGCUGGAUCUACCAUCAAUUGAUUGGUAUUAUUUAGACGUUAUACCAAAAAAAGUGAAACUGACUAACACAGGUCGAACAUUAUUAAUGAGCAUAAACUACAUUCAUGCACGACCAUUUGUAUCUAGUGGUCCCUUUUGUGGCAACUUCGAAUUCUCACAACUUCAUUUCCAUUGGGGAGCUAAUGAUAUGAAAGGUAGCGAACAUUCCGCAGAUGGGGUAACAUACCCCUUAGAAAUGCACGUUGUAUAUUUUCGAAGCAUGUAUGUAACCCACGAAGCUGCUUUAAGACAGAAGGAUGGUGUUGCCGUUUUCGUAUAUUUAUUUAAAUUACAGGCAGCGAUAAAUCCUAUAAUGCAGUUGCUUGUGGAAGCGAUACCACGUGUUCAGAAACCUCGUACAUCUACACGCUUCAAAAAUAUCCCGCUUCAAUUCUUAUUGAAAAAGUUUCAAAUGGAUUAUUUUUUGUAUUGGGGUUCUGUGAGGACCAAUGCAUUCAUUCAUUUCAUUUUCUGGCUAAUAUGUCGAGAGCCCAUUGGAAUUACAAGAGAACAGAUGGAAGCUUUCAGAAUGCUUUUAGACAACGAUGAAAAGCCACUACUGAGUAACUAUAGGCCAAUUCAAGAAAAAGGAAAGCGACGUUUGUUUCACGUUUCUUCUGGUACAGUUAAAUAUGCAACAUUACUUCCUAUAUCACAAGAAAGUGAAGAGUUUUGUCUUCAGCGUGAGAUUACUCUUACAAGCGAGUGAAUUUCACAAUCACAAAAGAACUUGUUAGGAUAAUAAAGCAGCCCAGUAUCAAAAAGCGUUUUAAAUUCUAUCGUUAUUGUAUCAGGUACCUAGCUACCUUACUUAGCCUAACCCAAUACUGUUAUAG